AUGGGGAAAAGAAUCGUUUUCAACAUUAGUUCUGAGUUCCAGCUGGAAUCGCUUCUUGGGGAAGGGGCGUACGGUGUGGUUUGUUCUGCUAAGCAUAAGCCCAGUGGGGAGACUGUGGCGAUCAAGAAGAUCGAGCCGUUCGAGAAGCCGUUAUUUUCGCUACGCACGUUAAGAGAGAUCAAGUUGUUGAAGCAUUUCCACCAUGAAAACAUAAUAAGCAUUUUUGACGUGCAGAAGCCGUCGUCGUUUGAACAGUUCAACGAAGUGUACAUAAUACAGGAACUGAUGCAGACGGACUUACAUCGGGUGAUAGCGACGCAGGAGUUGAGCGAGGAUCAUGUGCAGUACUUCAUGUAUCAGACGUUGAGGGCGCUUAAGAUGCUGCAUGGAAGCAAUGUGAUUCACAGGGACUUGAAACCGUCGAAUUUGCUGUUGAACAGCAACUGUGACUUGAAAGUGUGUGACUUUGGGCUUGCGCGGAUCGUGGAGGAGGUGACGCCUGACGCGGAUGCGGAUGCAAAUGCAAAUUCAAAUGCCGGGGCCAAUGCCGGUGGGUCGGCGGCAAUCUCUGGUUUAACCGAGUAUGUCGCGACCCGAUGGUACCGAGCACCGGAGGUGAUGCUAACCGCAGCGCAGUACAGCAAGUCGAUGGACAUAUGGUCUUGCGGAUGUAUACUUGCGGAGCUGCUUUCGAAGCAGCCACUUUUUCCGGGAAAAGAUUACCGCGACCAGCUUCUUCUAAUUUUUCGGACUUUAGGUACUCCUUCUGAACAAGAAUUGCAAGAGUUGGUGGAAAACAAGCGGGCGCGGGAUUAUAUCCGCUCGCUACCAAGGCAGCCCAAGAUCAAAUGGAGACGCCAGUUCCCGAAAGCUUCUCUUGCGGCGCUAGAUCUCCUGGACAAGAUGCUACAGUUUGAUCCAAGAAGGAGAAUCACCGCCGCCGAGGCUCUCAAGCACCCAUACCUAGCUUCGUACCACGAUCCAGACGACGAGCCAGAGGGAACCCCAAUUCCUGCUUCCUUUUUCCAAUUCGACCAGUGGAAGUCUCGUCUAAACACAAAGGAUCUCAAGAGGCUCCUCUGGAACGAAAUCGUUUCAUAA